CUCUGAUACCCCUCGAGAGUACCCAUACCUGAUUUAUUCAGCCCGUUGAACUCUUUAUCUCCUUCAAUAUGGCCGAGGGAAUUGACAGACGCGCUGAUGAGCGGAUGGAGUUCAGCACCUCCAAGGAGGUCACGGUGGCUCCGACCUUCGAGGACAUGCACUUGAAGGAAAGUCUUCUUCGCGGUAUCUACGCCUACGGAUACGAAUCCCCUUCCGCGGUCCAGUCGCGCGCCAUCGUCCAAAUCUGCAAAGGUCGCGACACCAUUGCGCAGGCCCAGUCUGGUACUGGUAAGACGGCCACUUUUUCGAUCAGUACUCUGCAGGUCAUCGACACUGUUGUGCGCGAAACUCAAGCCCUUGUCCUCUCUCCCACUCGUGAACUUGCGACCCAAAUUCAGUCCGUCAUCAUGGCCCUCGGUGACUACAUGAACGUUCAAUGCCAUGCAUGCAUUGGUGGAACCAACAUUGGCGAGGAUAUCCGCAAGCUCGACUACGGUCAACAUGUUGUCUCUGGAACCCCCGGUCGUGUCGCGGACAUGAUCCGCCGCCGGCACUUGCGCACACGCCACAUUAAGAUGCUCAUUCUCGACGAAGCAGACGAGCUCCUAAACCGCGGUUUCCGUGAGCAGAUCUACGAUGUCUACCGUUAUCUCCCCCCAGCGACACAGGUUGUUGUUGUCUCGGCUACUCUGCCCUACGAUGUGCUGGACAUGACCACCAAGUUCAUGACGGAUCCCGUUCGUGUCCUUGUCAAGCGUGAUGAGCUGACUCUGGAGGGAAUUAAGCAAUACUUCAUUGCCGUUGAGAAGGAAGAGUGGAAGUUUGACACUUUGUGCGAUCUUUACGACACCUUGACGAUUACACAGGCUGUUAUUUUCUGCAACACCCGCCGAAAGGUCGACUGGUUGACCGAUAAGAUGCGCGAGGCCAACUUUACCGUGUCGAGCAUGCACGGUGAGAUGCCGCAAAAGGAACGUGACAGCAUUAUGCAAGACUUCCGCCAGGGCAACUCUCGUGUCCUGAUCUCAACUGAUGUCUGGGCCCGUGGUAUCGAUGUUCAGCAGGUGUCGCUUGUCAUCAAUUAUGACCUGCCUACCAACCGUGAGAACUACAUUCACCGUAUCGGACGUAGUGGUCGGUUCGGCCGCAAGGGUGUGGCUAUCAACUUUGUCACCAGCGAUGACGUCCGCAUCCUUCGGGAUAUUGAGCUGUACUACUCGACUCAAAUUGAUGAAAUGCCUAUGAAUGUCGCGGAUCUUCUUUCAUAAACGCCAUGAAAAUCUACGCCGGCUAUCCUUAAUUGAUGGAGCCGAGAAACAAGAAAAAUCAUCACCACCAGUCUUGACACCCUUUAUUUCAUGCAAGAUCAUCGCCAAAUGUACAUAAUGGCGUCUCUUCGGGGUUCAAUGCGUGGCUGGCUCUCGCGUGGAGGAAAGGGAAAACAAAACGAAUCAUUUCAAAUUGCCUAACAAGGUGUACAUCGGUUGAUGAUACGGUACACUCAUGAAUAUUUCUUUUGAAGUUUGAGAUCAGGAGGCAGAUUCUGCUUAAUCAUUAUUUUUUUGCUGCUACUUAGUUCGUCCAGGAUGGUUCGUUUGGGAGUUAUGAUUGAGGGAUUUGGAUGCAUUACUUUCUAUUUUCUGUCCCUUUCGUCCCCAGUCUGUCUUGGCUCUAAGCUACUAGCAGGUUUGCCUUAAACGAGAUGGAAAUGAAAAAGGUCCCCGCGCUUGAGGGCCCGUCCAGCAGCCCAAGACCCAUUCAAUCCUUGAAACUACGGCGUUGUACUCCCGAAAGGCCCGUCCCCAUGUCAUUUCCCUCUGUCUGCCUGAUUCUCCG